GUUAGUGUGUUCUGAAUGAAAGGGAAAAGGACACACAGUGUUUCAGGAGUGAGGAGGCCUUCGGCGGAGCAGAAGUCAAAACCCACCUGACAUUUCUUCAUCACAGUGUCAUCGCAAGUUCAUAGUUCUUAUGGGUCAAUCUCGCAUGGACAACUCAACAGUUUUCAAUCCUUUCAUUAAACAGAUGAACAUUUUUCAUGAGCAUCCAGCAGAAUCAUCAACCAGUGCAUCCAGGUUGUUGAAGAUGAGGGACGAGGUGAAAUAAGGUGAACGGAAGAGGAAGGAAGACAAGGGAGGACGAAAGGAAGCAAGAGAACGAGAGACAGAGCAGAGAGCUAGCUGGCAGGUUAGAGAGGGGCUUGGUGGGAGGAUGGCGGUCAGAAUUUAUGGCCGCUUUAUCACUUUACCGGCCUUGCCGCGUCUCCUUUAGCCGUGAGGAGGGCAGGAUCUCACGAUGAACUUUGGCACUCGACUUCGUUGCACUCGACGAACGGUGAUGCGUUUUGGAAAUUCAGCGAGUUCAACGUUUUGGCUUAAUGACCGAUGACAAUGAUUAUGGGUGGAAUAAAGAUUCAACUGUGAGCUUCAAAUUUUGGAUCAAUCUGGAAAGCAAGCAAGUUGCUGAAGCAAAGUGGUUAAGGGUGUGGCCUUUAAAAAGUGUGUUGGAUAAAAUGGAAACAGUUACUCUAUUGAACACUAAUUAUUUAUAAAAACUGAUGUUUUGGAACAGUGUUGGAUAAAGUGAAAAUACGAGUUGAAUAAGUAGACAUAUAUUCGAUGAAUUUAUCAUAGCUAUAGUUUAUGAUAAUUAACAAAAAUUAUCAGUAUGAUAACAACAUUGUCGACAAUUAAGUGUUAAGUUAGUACUAUGUCCAACACAAAUGUACUAUUUUGUUGCUACAAGUAAUUCAUAGUAACAUAUGCUAAAAUACAUUAAAAAGUUUUGCAGAUAUCUAAGAAAGAAAUUGUUCUCCAUUUACCAGCACUGUAACCACGUACCAAUCAACGUCUCCAUUGACCAUUAGGUUUCCAUCAGUCAUAUUAAUUAAGCUACGACUCUACAAAUGAAAUUAUCAUUUUCCAAAAUUCAUCUCCAACACUUAUAUGCAGGUGUUCACCGCACUCUUGAUCUCACUGGAAGCAAAUAGUACGCGGAUCACUGCAAACACCUUGUGGAAACUGAAACCAAAUGGAGGCUAGAAACAGGAAUCGUCGCGAAAACCUUUCAAAACUGGCGCCGUUUUCGAGGUAGCUGGCAGCCAUUAGGUUGCCCCGUGUCGUGACAUUCGAGGGAGAGGAUGAUGGUUCCAUCGAGUAGGUAGUGCCUAGACGGGGCUCCACCCAGCACUUAGUUCACGUCGUGACUGUGGCCCGGGGCACGACCGUUUCCAGGGUACAGUCACGCCCCUGCCCUGCCAGCACCGUGCUCCGAUUCGUUGGCCCAUAUCUCAUCUGGUCCAUCGCAUUAGCCUAAUCUGCCAACUACGAGAGAAUAGAGGGGCGAACGAACCCAAAAAAAAAGGGAAAAAAGAAAAAAAAAACAGAGAACAAGUAUAACAAAAACGCGGCCAUCGAUGGUUGCCCCGCCGACGUGAAAUUGCACGGUGAGGUGCUGCCCUCUUCGUAGCCGAACCGCGGAUACGACCGAUCGAUUUUUUGCACAACGCGUCAAAAGAACGUGUUUCUCUUAAAUUUCUGAGGUAUUGUUUGUUUCGCGACAUCGGGCCCUUUUUAGGGAUACCAGGACCCAAAGGGUUCGACGAUUUUUCAACGAUCUCAUCGUUCCUAGAAGCGAACAGCAGACGAUGGGCAGCGCGGAUAUCUUGGAUCUGUACAGCUUAGAGAUACGAGUUCGCCACGGUCGACGAGCCAGUUUACGUCUCACAUCGGACGGGGAAGCAGCCUGCCGUGACGCGCGUUCGAGUUCUGUGCCCUGUUCGAGCCAUGCUUUCCGAAAAUUAUCAACCGCAAUGAUACGAAGAAGAAAUUCACCCCAGUUCCGCAAAGGGAACAACAUUUUUUUUCUUACUUCUGUCUGGAUUGCAACCGUAAUGAUGUUAACAGCUAGGAUCGGAUGUUAUAAGGGAACGAAGAAGAAAAGUCGAAUGCUUGCUAGCUAGCACAGGACCUAGCGCGAAAUCAAGAUCUUGGUUUUAAGGCGGGGACACCGGGGUAAUGGCGUGUGCAUUAUUCUGAUAAAUCGUUCCGGCUGGCGUCAAACCUGACUUCGGGGCUGACAGCGACCCUGGUCAAUCGUAUCUACUCUUCUACGCAAGACGUUCGCGUUCGAACGCGCGGAGCUAUUCAACGAUCGUCUGAUGCGGAAAAAUCGGGCGUAGUUUUGAUUUUCGUUAGGUCCUCCCGUCAUCCAUCAAGUGAAAAAUUAAAAACUUGAACGAGGAAUAUUAUUUCAACCUAUUUAUACGGUUUGGAUAAAUAUUACAACUUAAAAAGCAGCAAAUAAGACGCUUGCAUUACAUAAAUUUAUUUAGCUCAUUUGCAUCGCUGGAUGUUCAGCAAACGUUUCUUCAACAUCAGCGAUCCCCUCCAGGAAUGAGCGCGCAACGAUCAGGGAUAAGUGAAUCGAUAGGCAGGAGUAAUCGAUUCGAGUACGCAUACAGCGUCCCCUAAUCCCGUGGCCAGGUGUCGAGAUAUCGAAAGGUGAUGGAACGCCUCGAGACGCGUUAAAUAUUGAACCGGUCGCGAAGCACACGCUGGUUGGCCGGUAAUGAGCCUGUCCUUCGUAUCUCGCGGAUGAUACACCUCCCCUUACCUUUCCGUCCAACGAUCGGGUUCUGCUCAUUAGCGACAGAUUAAUACGAUCUGUUCGAAGGGAACGAGCGGACAAAUGCACGGUAGCCGUGUCCAAGCCGACACGAGCCAUUCGUUUCGAAUAUUUUGCUGCCUUUUCGAUGUGGACGCGCGCGUCCGGUGGACGGUCCAUCUAUCUCGCUCCACGAUCGCCCGGAACUUCGCCGUAAGGUCUUUAUCGGGGCAUCUGGAUAUUAAGCUGACACUCGCGUUGCUUAAUCAGUGUCCAGGGAAAUUCGAGGCGGUACCAUCGGCCGAGUUGUUGGAUCCUCGAUUAAUGGGGGAUGCGAGUUGCUCUUCGGCUUUGCCUCCGCGUUCCCCGCUGGGCCACCGGAUCAUCAAAAUAUUUGCUCGGGUAGAAAUUAUGCGAUCUCCAGCAACUUCUACCUUGUGGUAAAAAAUGUUACUCAGGUUCGGUAAAAAUUUCAGUCAAAAAUGUUGAUCCAUUUUUGAAAUAUGUUAAUUAUCGUUAAUUAACCGAGAAGUCAUUAUUAAGGUUCAAUCGGGUGUACGAUAAAAAUCCGGAUUCCUCGUGUCGAAAUUAUCUCUCAAGAUCUGAAGAAGGAGAAGGUACUCGCGGUUGGCAGUCGUAUUGAUCUGGACAGUUUGGUCCAAACUGGUCAGAGUCGAUAAUUAGUCAAUCGGUCAGUGUUUGUUUUAUUGAAAUUGAGUUCGAAUCGAGAUCCAACUCUUAACGAGCGUCUGUCCAGUUAGUUCAUUCAUGCCGGCUAAUUCUCAGCCUGUUUCCCUUUCGGCCCGCUUUCGUUCUCGGAUACUUUUACGCGUACCGUGCAUUAAUCGUUCGAUUAAGCCGCCCGAUAACGCCCUCUUCAGGCGAGCGGUUCACAGGCGUGCCACCAGUCGGCGCCAUAACUCCCUAGCGACGAGUCGCGGUUUCUGAAGAACCUACGACCGCCUACCUGGAUCAUCGGUCUCGAUUUUUCACCGCUGGACACUUUAUUCGAAAUACACACAGACGCUCCAGUCCCUCUAAAUCAUAGGGACAUUUGGACGGACACGAGACUCUUAUCGAUUCCGCGAAUCCGAACGAUUCGCUGCUUACUCUGAAUCGUAUUGAUAAUUAAUUGCACGAUCGGAUUGAGACCGUGUCGCUAAAAGUGGAAACUUUUAACGAAACGAGAUUCACAGUAGAAAUCAUCAUUUUAAACGCGUGAAUCAUCAAUCCAUUUAAUGAAGAUCGUUUGUCAUUUAGGAAAUUGUUCCGGGAGAAUUUUUGCAAUUACUUACUAGAGAAUAAUUGGCGGGAUAGUUGAAAAGGGUUUCGCUUUAGCGUGUUUCGAUGGCACUUAAUCGCUCAAUCUGAGAUUCGAGUUGAUCUUGCAAAGACUUUACGGUUUGAAAAUAGUUUUCAAAGAGCGGAAGCAACAAAUAAUCGGCCGAGGUGCAGGCGGAAACCACGCGUAACGCGGUUCCCGGUCGUGCAGAAGCGGGAAAGAAAGAAGAGUAGGGUGACAGAAGUAGAUCGAAAGGAGCAUGAAAGGGAAAGAAAGGAAGAGAGAAAGAGACACAGGGGAGAGAAAAUAGAGUAACACGUUUAGAAUGGACGCGCCCCAUAUAAUCUCUACGAUGCUUCUCGAGCCUUCUUCUGUCCGCCUUGGAAAUCAUCCCUGAACCGCGUCGAAGAAUCAUCGCCUGCUCAUUGUACAUUCGCUUGCAACAUCUUCGGUUGUUCCAUUGUCGUGAAUCUCGAGCCCAUUGGAAACGAAUCUAUCUUGAAAAGUCUCUUCAUAAAGAAAUCAAUAAUUUUAACUUGAGAGAGACAAAUCACCGUCUUAGAAUGUGUCCUCUUUCUAAUGGGAAGAAUAAUAAAUUCGUCAGACUGGCGGUUGAACAUUUUCGACGAAUGUGCCGGUCUAUGGGUUAAUUCGUCCAAUUAAUUCGUGUUGAGAUUGAAAAUAAGGUAAAACGUGAUGAAUGUUAAACGGCUACGCCUCUGCAAGGUUUAUACUGUACAAGCGUACGUGUUAUAUAUGCGUGCUACUGAAUUUGCCGUCCAAAGCAAACCGUAUGUCGGACAUCGGCACGAUUUAUCGCGUUGACACGUGUCUCUUACAGAGAGACGCGUUUCGCCCCCGUGGUAGAGCCUCUCUUUUAACCGCGAUUAAAAUACAUUCGCCAGGAUAGAACGACCGAAUUUCCACGGACCCUGUUUCCCGCUGUUUCUUGCGAACCGGUUAACUCUUUCGUCGUAAUUUAUAACUGCAAGCAAGACGAUGCGGCUUCAUUAAAGACACAGACAACUAGGAGAACGUUAAAUCCACCUCUCGUGGAUUCUAAUGGGAAUUUAGAAAGGUUGUCUUUACACGUGCUUGCAGGGAUCUGUGUCCCGUGUUUUCUUAUUAUUAUUAACAAACGUUGCUUCUGUCAAAAUAAUUAUUUCUCAUCAUUAAUGUUACUUUGCUGCUGUAUUUGGUUAUAAAAGCUAAACUUACGAUAGUGUGUUUUACAGGGUACAUCGAGGUUUGGGUGCACCCCUCGCUGGGUACCAAAAUUCAUAGACUAAAUCAUACCUGGCCCAAUUUUUCUUCCCUUACUAAGUGACCAAAAAAGAGAGAGAGAAAGAGAAAGUUGAAAAGGGUCAUGGAGUGCAAGCUGGGAUCGCGUGAAGACGCAGCGAAGAAGAGAGAAAGAAGGAGGGAUAUGAUUUAUAUUUCUUUCCGAUCGUUCGCAUUAAAAAAUGGUAAAUGCUCUUAAUGACGGCAUUAAUAAUUGUAUUCAACGAACCGCCGGUAUUGACCUGAAGACACCCGUACGAGGCACGCCCGUAGAAUACCCUUGUAACGAUCUGGUCCGGCAUUCAUCUGGGCGGAGAAAGAUCGUUUGUGAAUGAGCGAACAUUCAAUGGGCACACUUUUGAUCCCGACAUUAUUAAUUAUCCGCAAGUAGCUGCUAACGCCUGGACUUCUUUUUCUAAUCCAGAUUGACUUUCCAGCUUGGAGAACCCCCGUGACUUUGACCCGUGACUCAACCAUUCAGUCAUUUCCAGCUCUUGCAUCCGAUCACUGGAUUGGAUGAUGCACCCGAUGUAUAUUGUUGGAUUAUUGCUCGCAUCCUACCUUGUUAUAAAUACCAGGAACUUAGAAAUUUCUCUGCCUCCUCUGUUGUAGUUAAAAAAAUUUCAAAGUGAAAUUUCAAAAACUCCAAAGAGGGAAGCAUGGUAUGAAAAAGACCGAGGAAAAAGUUUCUAAGUCCAUUUUCAAUAUCUAUUUCACCAAAAUCACAUACAAAUUAUAUAAAAACUCAUAUAUUGAACAACCCUUUCAUUAGCAACUUCCUAUCUCUUCAAAGGACAGUUUGCUUGCUCUUUAAACUAGCACGCAGAUCAACCGGAUGUAGGCGUUCACCGUGUUCGUCGGUUUCGAAUGACGGAGGAAUCGCCAGGGGCCAUUGGAAAUCGCUCGAAUCGUGACCCUUAUCGCCUUAUUAAAGAAGGCACCCCUUCGUGGUCUGCGUCACGUUGAUCCCCGGACGCGGUACCAUGUUUAUCAGCCGCCUGCAUCGGCGUUCCCUUUCAUGGUCUUUAAACCGGCGCACUUAGCAUGGCCCGUCAUUACUUAACGGUGAGUAAUAAAGUUGUACCACCAAUUAGUCGACGCCGUGGAAGCACGCGCAUCAACGCGAAGCAGGUAGCCGGCCUUGCGUAUCGCGGCCACCUUUAUCUCGGCGAUAUCUCGUUUCGGUCGUUCAGGAUAAAAUCGGUAAUCCGAGAAUAAUCGUUAUUAUCUUACGACGGUGUACGGAUCGGCAGCUGGCGAGCAAUUUAUCUGUCUACGAUCGCGUUCGAUUGUUGCAUCGACGGGAAACGAGCGGUUUCCUGGUUGAGAAAAUCACUUCUCUUAACUAUAGAGCAGAAUCUUGCGGGAGGUGUUGUGUAUUGAUCGGUAGAUCAGCAUCGAGCAAUUACGAAAAGAUUGAAAAUUUUCCUUAGAAAUGGAAGAAUGGAAUACGUGUGAACCAGGGUCCUUUGAAAGUGAAAUUAGGCACAUAGAAUUAUCCUUGCCCGUUAUCAAACACCGUUACAAAACGGCAAAUACCGGCCUCGUGACUCGAAUCGCGAAUAAAACAGCGGAAAUGGCUGAAGGACGAAUCGCUGUGACGAUUCGCAGGGUGAUUUUUAUUCAGAACGACGAUGACACGACAAAACUGGACGAAAAGACAAACAACCGUUCGCGGACGUGUGAGUGGGCUCCAGGAACGUAAUUAAUGAGCAGUUUGGCGGUCGGCCGGACAGCUGUCCAGUGUUUUUUCUGCGACGAACGGAAUCGUUGGCCGUCGCGUCGCGGCAACGAAAGCUGGAGAACGAGAAAACGCGGAAAGCUUCUCUGGAUUCGAGGCAGAGACGCGCCUUUUGGACGCUGCGGAAGGAACAAGAUGGAUUGCCUGACACUACCGGACAAGAUCAAUUGAAUUUCUAUUUCGACGUAACCGAGACCCGUUUGCCGCUAACCUCGGUUCACCAUCCUACUAUCCAUCCCACCCUUCUUUCCGCUCGAAACUCUAAUUCUUUUUCCAGCAGUCGUCGAUGUCACGAUAAUUGUAACCGGCGAUCUACUCUGCCCUCCUCCGAUUCAUUGGUUAUUCGAUAAUGAUCGUUGCCUCGAUUGUAGUUACUUUUUAGUAAUUAAGCUUGUUAGCCAUUACGAAAAAGAAAAAAGAAACAAUUUCCUCGAAACUUAUCUCUGAACGUCACGUAGACCGCUCAGAAUUGAGUUUGUUACGUUUUCGUUACACUUUUUAUUCAAUAUUAUAAAAAAUUAUCGCAAUCAUUUAAAACACAUUCCAAUAAUAUAUUAUUGGUGUUCUGCGACGACGCUCGCAUUUAUCUCGCGGUUGCAACUUUCACAAUCGUCGUUUCAAGGAAUAAACCAGUGAUUAGCGCGUAUCACGUGUAUGCCGAUACUCCAAUCGGUUAUUGACCACGAAAAUGCUUACGCUCGUAGCAACUGAUAUUCUCUGUUCAACAGUGAUAGCAGAGCCGAUGGAAAGAAACGACGCACCGCGGAAAAUCGCCGAAUGACGUAAAACUGGGUAACCAUGCUACGUGUUAUCAAGGCCGCUGUUUUGCUGGCUUAACCUUAGUUAAUAUUAAAAGAGAUCUGAUACUAAAUGAUUCUUUAUUUCGCAGAAAGAAAUACACGUUACAUGAUCAUCAUUUCUAUCUUCACGUAGAAAAGGUUAAUUCGAAGGAAAACCACGUAAAGUCGUUGAUGGCUCGCUAGCAAAACGCUGCUCAAUGUAUCAUUAGGUAGUCAUUGCGAUCACCGUGGGUCCCGUAGGUACACGCACCGCCGACGGACACGUAGGUAAGCCAUCCUGGCUUCAUUCACGUCAGAUGCGAGCCAACCACGUCAUUUAUCUGCCAACCAUCCCGGCUAACGAUGCAUUGCCGGCUUGUUGGUCGAGCUUCGUGGCAUCCUCGUGUUCUGCGGACUAACUUCCCCUGGAAUUUCGACCUCUUUCCUGCACAAUUUGAAUCAAUCUCUUCUUUUUUUUCCUAUUAUAGAGGUAAUGGAACAAAGGCUCGUUUUUUGGUUCGAUUCCUCUCCAUAGACUGUAUCAACGCGUUACUCCAACCUCAUCUUUAAUUAAUGUGCAUUAAUCACGUUCGUGAGAGAAUUUACCGGUGCUGAGUGCGAAUAAAAUUAAUGCGUAUAAUAUGUAUGAAUGCAAUUCGCGUGAGCGAAGCUGCUCUAAGGUCUUGUAAUAAUUUUUAUGUUUUCCAUUAAUUCAGCUAUAGAUAAUUCUCUCAAAUAUUUUCCAUUAUUCGCUCUUGUUUCCCUUCUUGUUUAACGACGUUAUCGACGUUAUCGUUUCCAGGAGCCUCCAUUAAACUCCAGUCUCGAUGCUGGAACUUUUUUCCCCAUUCAGGUCCUCGCUCGCAGCCGGCGUCUUCGUCGAAGCACGACUUCAAAGCGCAAUACAAUAUCGCGCGGUCGAAGUUAACGAGAGUUUCGCGUGUCCCGGAAACAAGCGGCUUGCCAUAGACGGCCGCACUUACAACCUCUCGCUCGGACCACUCCCAAAUUUGGCACGCACCUUAAACACUUGGAGCAAUUAGCGAACUGUGCCACGAGGCCGAGGCAAAAACCACCCCCGGCCCCUUUUGCCAACGACACAGAACGAUAUACCAUCGUUUGAUGCAGAAAAUAUGUUAUUCAUCAAUUUUUUAGUCAUUAAUGUACAAUUAUCAACCUCGGCGGAAGAGUUAACGUUGAAUAGCAAAGAGUCGCAGGGACUGUUAAUAGAAAAAACAUCAGCAUCGCGACGGAGGAGCGUCGUGGCGUCGCUGGACCAUCAUCGUAUCAAUGCUCCCCGGAUUGACAGACCCGGACUUGAUAAAUGAUACUCGGUACGGCCCCAUGCACCCCUCUCUCCCUUGGAGUUUCGCGUUCACCGUGGAUCCACCCCUGCUGAGCUCGAUCGAGAAAGAGGGUGCCUCGUUCUCGGACCGCUCGCAGUCUGAACAGACAUCCGAAGAGAGACUAUGAGCGGAGAGAGAAGAUAUCUCUGCGGUGAGAAGUAAACACGUUAUACAAACGAAUGCGGGAUCGAUAACGUUGCUCAGGAUCCCGUGAAGACUUUCUCACUGCCUCCUCAUCCUCUUUUCCCCUCUCGUCAGGCUUUUUCCAACGGACUUGUCUCUUCUCUUUCCACUGCUUUAUAGAGGUCUGGAGGGUCCACGAUGUCCUUCAUGAUCGAUAACUUUAGCAAAGUAAUUCACGGAUUUACAGAGGUAAAUGAUUUGCUUCGGAGUGGAUUUAAUUGGAGAUUCGAGGGUCGUUAGGGGUUAGAAGGGUUGAUAAUCGAAUUGGUUUCUCUUUUACGUGUACUUAGUGGUUUGAGUAGUUUUGAAAUUAAUUCAACAAUAUGAAGGCACAUUCGAAAUUCAUUUCUCGUUUUCGAUGAUUUUUAUGAUAGCGUUGAAGGAGUGAAACUAAGGAAACUGGUUAUAACUUUCCAGUUAGAUAAAUAUUACUCGAAUUCAAAGAUACGUAAUCGUAAAAUCAAUGUAUAGAUAAUCGGGAGUUGAUUAUGGUUCAACAUGUAAGUUGACUUGAACAAAUAAAACAAAUAUUAUUAGACGCCUUAAUAAAUUCAUAGAUCGCAUCAAUAGAACGUUUACCGUGUUUAUAGGCAACUAAACGCAAUGAUGAAAUUUUCUGGCUGACGAUGGUGUAAUAAACACUUGUUAAAUAUUAAUCAGUUAAGCACAAGUCGGUUUCCUGAAAAGAACAAGGUUUCUCCUCGAACAAACUUGUUUUCAUAUUCAUUCCAGUCGAAAGUGCGCGGCUUCCAUCCGAAACUAGUUUCUACUUUUGAAUUAACAGAAUGCUUCAGUCAAUAUUUAUUGCUACAAGGUUUGAGUGGAAAAAAACAUAUCUCCAUCUUUUAUGAUACCAAUAUAGUUACUAUUACUGAUUGUUAGUUAACGGUUAAAAACUGCUUUCUUCAUAGAAAAUUUCUCCCCUUCGCAAUGUCGUCGGUUCGUGAACCGAAAGGGCAGGGUUGGCCGCGUUUAAAUUUCGAAAUUCCUUAGGGAGGGUUGUCGGUUCGUCGCAUAGCGAUCACUUGGCUUUCGGCAAGAAAGCUAUUCACUAUUUCGACACAAUGCAAAUCCCUUGGGCGUUUAAACAACGCGCGUGUCCGAUGUUCAAGGAAUUAACCAUUGACUAAUAAGUGUCAAUAUUUACCCUCUGGGUCCUAAUCUGUCGAGGAGCCAAUUGGGAUUUCAAAUUCAAAAGAAGGACAACGUUGUAAACACUUCUUGUACCUGCUUAGAAUUAGGAGGGGUUUGUAGAAAGCUUAUUAAACGCGUCAGUUUUGAAACUUUGAGAGUUUCUAAGCCGACGACGAAAUGAGUGAUAUUCACACGUGGCGUUCAUCUCGUAGAUAAUUAUUUAUAAAGUAGAAAAAUUCACAUCUACUUUGCGUACCCUGUUGCAAAGAUCGGGUCGUUAAAGUAAGAAAAGGUAUCGCGCUUUUUGCUCCAGUUCUCGUUACCUCUAUCCAAAAGAUUGGCCACCCUUCGAACGAUUGCUCAGCGGUUUUACCGCUCCGCCCCGAAACGCCUGUUCGUCUCGUGUUCGCUAUAACGCUGCCAUUAAACCCGUGGCUUUCUGCUUACAGUCAUCCAUUUUGAAUUUCCCUUCUUUUGGAUUCUAAUUUUAAUUCUAAUGGUAGCUGAUAGUCCACAUAUGGAUUAAUGCCAUAUUACAUUUUAUUAAUUUAAUUAAUUAAUACUUUUAAUAUUAAAAAAAAAGGAAUGGACAGCCCAGCAAACAUAGAGAUCUUUUAACGACGAACUGGAUUUGAUUCGGAUGGAUCCAGAUAGUUGAUUGUAGAGUAACGCAAACAAAAUAUAAAUCAAUCGAACAAUAAUAGAGGCCGCCUGGCUUGAUCCCGAUAUUUCCAAUUUUCCCAAAUGGUCGCAAACGCCACCCUACAAACCGGUGAACAUUCUCUCCCUUCGAGGUACACAGGGCGGAUGGGGGCACAUAUGUUAGCCCCCGAGAUGCCGCGCCAUUUCACGCAACGCGAAGCCCCAAUUUAAUUUGUCCUACGAACCAAGAAUCCGAAUUCGAAAUGUAACUGGUUCGAUAGAGCCCAGAAUCCAUCAAGAAAAAUCUACGUGACCAAACUUAAAAAUUUUCCUUUCGCUUAAAGAAAAUUAGUUCCAAGACACUAGAGCACUAUGUUGCUGUAUUUACAAAACUCUGCACCGUUUUAAGGUACUGAAACCCAGAAUUCUUCCCUCAAGCCUACCUUCGACCUACCUCCAUGAAGAAUCAACGUGUCCAAACUUCAGCAGAUCAUCAAGGUAGCCUGACCAUUGAAAAUCAAAGAACACGAGUGCGUGACAGAUUUCCAGCAGAAAAAAAAAAGAAACAAAACAGAAGGUAAGGGUGGUCAGGAGUGAAAGUUUUAUUGCACGUAGCCGGGGAAUUUUUCGUCGACGGUUCGCCUUCUUGUAUACCUGCGUGACAAAAACGUGGAACAGCUGGCAAUAAUUCUGUUUAUGGUGUUCCAAAGUGACCGUGCGACACGGCCGACGCAAAAAUGAAGACACCACGGCUAGCGUGGUGUACAAGUACGGCGUGGGGAUAACGCGUGGGGAGGCGCGUGUCUUCGAGCUGCUCGGUUGUUAAGGGACGAUGCUAUUUAUGAAGCAGACUCAUAAAGUAUAAAGACGGCGCACUUUGGCUGCAAUACGUCAUCCCAGGUGUCGUUCAGGUAGUUUGCUUAAUACUACGUGUCUGCUUUGGUCCCGCUGUAAAUAAGAACCUGCCUUUUUUUCUCCCACUCCUUCUUUUACCGUACUACUCGUUGCCUCUGUUGCUUAACAAUGAACAGGAGGAAACAUUAAUUUUAUUGUGUAAUUACAAUUUCUAAUCGUGCUUGUGAAUAUUUAUUUUUUAAUAUCAGUAUCGAAGAAGUGAUCAAAAUUACAAUUCAGAAUGAUCGGAUCCCUCAUAUUCUUCGGUCCUAAACUAAAAAAAAAACAGUACAGCAGAGAUUCCCGGGACUAGGGAAAAUGAAGUCAGUAGGUAAAAUCAUUUACGGUCCGCGAAACGUCCCUGUCGGGACCCUCGUCGCUUCCCACAAGUAUCGCCCUUUGCGGAUUAUUAUUUAUUAUCAUCGUGGUCUUUCCUCUCUUGCACACGCGAGCUCAAACUCCUGCGUUGUUCUCUCAGCAUCAUUUGCGUGCUGGUGUUGGUGAAGGUUUCAGAUACGUGUGGAUGAUGGUUGGACGUAGUGGUGCGGACGCGUGUCCAUCCUGAUCAGUCGUUCGGAGUCCCCGUAGGUUUGGUCACCACGACGAACGCAUCAUCAAUCACGUUUUUUCGGGGUUGCUUUACUAUUUAUAGUUUGUCCGCAAAGCCGUCUAUUAUCUUCCUCCGGACGAUAAUUGUUUCCAAGCGGGCCCGUUUAAGCGCGAGCCGAUCAUUAGCUUUGACGAUUGUGUCUUACUUAAUCCCGCUUCAACCUUUUGUGCUCCAAUUACCUGGUUGACAACGUUCACGCCUUUUUUCUUGCUUAAUUAGAUUUUUAACAAAUGAAAGACUUAGCGGAGGCUGUGUAGGAACAUUAAGAUAGUCAUUUGUUACAUUUUCGUUCCCUACUUCUUUGAGGUUUCACCGUAGACACUGAUUUCUUAAUGUGUUUAGAAGAAUAUUGGUUCGGGAAAAUAAAUGUAGGGAUUUGACAUUUUUUAAAAUAAAUUUAUUCAUGAUAAAAUUACUACAAAAAUAAUUGAAGCAUUCAAAGGAUAGAAACGUGUUCAGUAUAGAAAAAGAUUUCGAUUGUCCAUGAUGAGCCGAAAUGGAAGGGCUCUCCCUCCCGAAGUGGUCGAGCCUACUUUCAUAAUUCUUCAGCUUUCUUCGGCCUUUCCUCUCGGCUCGUUUCCCCUCCUCGCAAAUGCGCCGAGACGAAAGUGGGAUUAAUGAAAAUACAGAAGGUGAACGGGGGCAGAAGAGACGUGCUAAAUGCACGUGUAUAUAACGGGAAAGAGGAGAGAGGGUUCAACAGGGUUGAUUAAUCGUCGCCGGUCAGGCUUCUAGAAAGAGACGUCACUCGCAAGACUGCCUGCGUCUAGCUUCGUCGAGCUCUCUUUGUUUACCCGCUUCGAAAUAUCUAUUUCAGUCUUUCCGGUUUCUCGAUAAAAACGCGGAAAAACACUCGGAACUUCGAAAAAUUUUCCAAAAACAAAAUUGGAGACAUAUUUCAUCCAACCGGACCAUCAAUCAUGUUGGUGCAUUGUCAAGUUUCACUCGUAGAGCUCUGUUUUAAUUAAAAAAUUUGAGCUAACCAUUGACCCCGUUCCUUCUCUUCGCCUGAUAAAUACAUGAUUAAAUCUUAACCCUAAUUCUGUCACCUGAGGAACAACCGAAACAACCCAUAAAUAACUCAGCAAUCUAUCAUCAACAACCAGCUCCCGGGCCCGUUAAAAAACAGCCUCCUCCCUUUUAAGAAGCAUCAUUAAAAGCCACUUAUCAAUUUCCCCGAUUUUAUCAGAGCUCGCUCGCUCGUCAGCUUCCAUCCAUGGGGGUCGCUCGUCGCCGAUAGGCUGCCCUCGGUACGCAGCCAAGCCGGCAAAGGGGGUUGCACACAUGGCAGGCAUUGUGCGAGGUCGGGUGCGAAGGGGAGCCAAUAUGGGUUUUGUGUGAAUAGCGUGAAUAGUGGGAGGGGAUUGUGGCACAGAUCGAAAAUCGUCUGCGUGUAUCGGGGGUGGCCUUAACUCUGAAUCAAAGGGCAGCUGAUAGAAGCGGAGAGCACCCCUGCGGUAGCCCGAGUUGAAACGGGAGGCGCUACACGGGGAACCCCGUAGACCCAAGGGUAGAGUCCCGUCGUCCCCUCCACCUCCGCCGGGGAGCCACUGUCCGCGUGGUACGGUAAUAAACCCGGUGAAAGUUUGCCGGGGUGCCCUUUUUGGCACGCGUGGAACCCCUGUGUACCGUGGACGGUCGAAAAUCGUCACGGGGACAGGAUUCGUUUCAUUUCAUUGUAAGUCGGCCUCGCUGCCUGGCGAGUACCUCUCUCUGUGCUGUCGUUCCCUGGAAUACUCUGUGCACAGACUUUGUCGACAGUGCUGAAGGAACUUCUUCGUCGUUUUCAGUGUGUUUUAUAUUAAACACCGAGUGUCUUUUGCAUAUCAAGUGAGGAAAACGCAGUGUGUACACGUCACAGUGUCCUCCGACCAGUUUUACUCGUGAAAUGUGCUCUCCUCGAAGUGGACGGACCAGUGUUGUUUGAGAUUCAUCGUAACAGAUAAUCGCGUUGUCUCUGGUGCUUUCGUAGUUGCCCCUCCAAUCGCGAUGGCCAGCUCCGCGUACUUCGCCAACAGCGAGUCGGACUACUGGCCUUAUCAAUCGUCAAUCGGUGAUCGAUCCGGCGAACAGGUUAUGUAUCCCGAUAGCGGGUAUCACGCAACGCAUCAGCAGCUGCACUCCAGCUCGGAUUACACUCAGAGAGCGAACCAGGAGCUCUCGCCCCCUUCCAGCCUCCUGGAGACUCUUUUGCGUCAUGGGAAAGAGGCAAUCGCAGAGGGUUAUGCUAAUUCGACCGGGAAACCUGUGACGUCACCGCCUGCACAGAGUAUUCCUUACGUUUCUUGCCAAACUCCGCCGUAUACACCGACGUCCUCGACGGAUAGAACCUCGCCUAUCGCGGCGUACCUGGCGGAUACUCAGGAUCGUGUUCAACAGCCGGAAACGCGAAAUAGAUACUUGCAGGGCUAUCAAGCCUACCCCGCGCAGCCGCAUUCCAGCAGCUGCGUGACACCCUCGAUAGUGACACCAGGUUCACCGACCGAUUAUAGCGUUCAACAGGGAUACGGUAGCUAUGUGAAUAAUAAUAAUGAUGGGAAGCAAAGCCCUAAUGAGGCUGAGUACGCGGAAGAUCAGGCGCAACGACAGGUGGACUAUCCAUGGAUGAAGUCUUCUUACUCCAGUGGGGACACGAAUGGCGCUGGGCACAAACGAACACGACAAACCUACACACGUUUCCAAACCCUCGAGUUGGAAAAGGAAUUCCACUUUAAUCGGUACCUCACCAGAAGACGUCGCAUAGAAAUAGCGCAGGCUCUGUGCUUGACCGAGCGCCAGAUUAAAAUCUGGUUCCAGAAUCGGCGCAUGAAAGCGAAGAAAGAUGGCAAACUGAGUUACAACGGGCUGGAAACGAAUAUGGAGGACAUCGUAUCCACCAGUCAAAGUGGAUCGCCCAUUGAAGGUCUAUUGGCCACGGGGACAACGACAACUCCAACGACUACCAUGAUGCCCAUCGGACAAGCUACCACGUCUAUUCAACAUACUUCCGUGAUGCCAGAGCAUCAUCUUCACGAAGCUUAUCUUCAGUAUCGCCAUCAGCAGCAUAACAUGUACGACGGGCAUAGUUACUUCCAGAAGCAAAUGUAUGGGAGUCAGAUGCCUAAGCUCCAGCAUCAUGCCGAAUCCUGAACACGUUGGAUCAGUAUUGAAAAUAAGACUGCUUAAUAUAAUUUUGUAGGUAUAUAGGUUACUUGGGAAUCAAUUUUGAGAUUAACUUUAAAAGCCAUCAGUGAUCCUUCAUGGCAAUCAACGUGUUAACCCUUUUCUGAUCACAAAAACAUUCAAACUAGUCGAAGAUACCUCAAACAUGGACUAGCCAGCUAAAGAACCUACAUUUCCACGGGCAAUUCAGAGUGCAAGCGUCAAAUAGAUAAGAGACAACUAGAAGAAAGGAAAUUACAGGCAUCGCACGACAAAGUUCGACCUUUACGGUGCAUCGUGAACAGGGAAUGCCGUUCGGGACAAGAUCGGGCCAGCUGACCCUGCAACCACUAUGAUUUAUGGCUGAACGAGCUAAACAGCCGAGCAUCCUGCGGCUCAGGUAUCCCGAAAGCGCGGUCGUUCACGCCGUAUUUCGCUUGCCACGGUCCGCUCCAAUCGGUUCGCGCUACAACACGCCCGGCCACUCUUUCCAGUACCGCGUACGAAGUUUCGAAAAUAUUUUGACUCGUCCGCUGAAAAUUCAUACUCGGCUGAUUAAUGACGAUGACUCGGCUAUCGUCGCGUUUCCACUUUCGUCACGGUCGCUUUCUGGAAGAGAUUUGCGCGAACGGGAGAAGCUGAUGGACGCUGAAAGAACCUGAAGAAAAAGAGGAAGAACUUAUCGUUGGAACUAGCAUAAAAUUCAAAGCCAAACGUAAGAAUGAAAAGAACAAUGUUUAUAAUCGAGUGGAAACUUACCGAUAACUUGAUGCGGACAGGGCGACAACUUGGGGAGUCGAAAAGUUAAGGGAUGAAGAAGAGUGGGGGGGCGCUCAGCAGCUGCGCCGUUCACACGCAACAAGAUGGCUGAAAACGUUCUUCGUGCGUGCAACAGCGGUCUUAAUUCUUUUUUUUCCUUUUAACAAUCCUUCCAGUUUAACUUGCAAUCGUAAUAAUUAGUUCGCAGCGUCGAAUUUGUGUCGCCCUCGAAUUGCAAGUUGGAGUUGCUCGAAGAACAAUAAGUGCGUAAUCGUUGAAUUUUAUAGAUCGUCCAAACAAGAUCAUUAAGGUCUAUAAACUUGUGCGAAUCAGUGCUUAGUUUAAGGUAUAUUUUCACUUCAAUCGUGGUGGUAAUUAACUAAUCUGUAAGGUAACUUUAUUUUCUAUUCUGUUGCAAUAAUUUUGCAAAUGAUGCUGAAUGUUCCUAUUAGUUAGUAAAACAGUGUAAAUAUUAUUAUACAUCUAAAGUGAUAAAAAAUGUUCAAAUAAAAAUUAAACGAACUCUUGGGUGGACAAGAGGUAUGAUAUUUUUAAGUACAAUGAUCGUAGGAUUACAGAGCUUAUUGUUAGUAAUAUAAAUUUAUUUAUUACAAGUUUAAGGAAAGCUAGAAAAUAUUUUUGGACAAUUGUACUUUAAGAGAGAUACUAGUCGAUUUAAUAUAAGUUUUAUUAGAUAAUCUUAUAAACGCUAUAUUUGGGACUGAUAAUAAAUUAUUUCAUAAAGGCCACUGUUACUUCAUCGACAUUAUAUUGAUAUUAGCAUAAUUAACAUUAUUAAAUUACUUGCAAUCUAAAAGCGUAUAUUCCUCUAAAGAUACUUAAUCGUUUGUUUUCGUAAACAGGGAGAGUUAAAUUAAUUUGGA